CCCCAGCCCGGGGUCCCGCCCGCAAGACAACGGGGCAGCCCAGUGCCCCAGGCCCCGCCCCCGCCAGCUGCGCUGCAUAAACAGGAUGAUCAUCCCGGUGCGGUGCUUCACAUGCGGCAAGGUGGUAGGGAACAAGUGGGAGGCCUACCUGGGCCUGCUGCAGGCCGAGUACACGGAGGGUGAUGCGCUGGAUGCCCUGGGUCUGAAACGCUACUGCUGCCGCCGGAUGCUCCUGUCGCAUGUGGAUCUCAUUGAGAAGCUGCUGAACUAUGCUCCUCUAGAGAAAUAGUGGGGCCUGGCUAUGGGGAGGUGGUAGGUGGCCCCUUACCCCUAGCUACUGCUGCCUGCACUUUUAUUAGACCUGAUGAUGCUUUAGCCUGGGAUGGGCUUUGGGAAGGACCCCUGGGACACUUAGCCUGCCCCCCACUUUGCCCCCAGCACAGGGGGGCCCCCAAAAGCAAAGAGGGGGUCAUACUUGUAUGUAAUAAAUCAAGAGCAAGACCCUG